CCCUCAACCACUAGAUUUCCGUUAACGUUUUUAAUGUCGUUUUUCUUAGUCCUGCUUCACUUGCACUCCACACAAAACACCUUCUCCAAAAAUCACACUUUCUCUCCGACGGACAUUCCGACGAAAUACCAACGCUUAAGACUCUCUUCCCGGCGGGUUUUCCGAUCAGCGGAACCGCCAUGGCCGCAGCGCCUCAGCUCAGCUGGUGUGGAAUUGAGCCUCUUUGUAGCAGCAGCUGCCCAACUCACCACCGAUCCUUCCCGUACAGUAGAAUUCGGGUACCUAAACGGGCUCGGAGGGUUUUUGCUGUAGCCACUGGACCUAAACCGACUCAGACGGGUUCGGACAAAUCUUCGUCGGUGAAAACAGUUAAUGGUUCCUUAAGGCCUCCUCCAUCGUCAAAACCAGUUAAUGGAGUUUCCAAGAGAAUGGGAGAGGUUUCACAGGAAAUUAAAAGAGUAAGGGCACAGAUGGAAGAAGACGAACAGUUGGCGAUACUCAUGAGGGGUCUUCGUGGACAGAAUUUAAAGGAUUCACAGUUUGCAGAGGAUGAUGUUGAGCUUCGCCUUGUUGAGGUAGAUGAAACCAGUGAGUUUCUGCCUUUAGUAUAUGACCCCGCUACUAUCGCUGCUUACUGGGGAAAACGUCCACGUGCAGUUGCAACACGUGUUGUCCAAUUGCUCUCUGUUGCCGGGGGUUUUCUCUCUCGUCUAGCAUGGGAUGUGAUAAACAAGAAGGUCAAAGAGAAUGAAGUCGCUAGAGCCAUUGAAUUAAGAGAAAUUGUGACCUCUUUGGGUCCAGCAUAUAUCAAACUGGGGCAAGCAUUGAGCAUUCGACCAGAUAUCCUGUCACCCACUGCAAUGACCGAACUGCAAAAACUUUGUGAUAAGGUACCUUCGUUCCCAGAUGAUGUAGCUAUGGCUCUUAUUGAGGAGGAGCUUGGUCAACCGUGGAAUAACAUCUAUUCCGAACUAUCUUCUUCCCCAAUUGCUGCUGCUUCUCUGGGACAAGUGUAUAAGGGCCGGUUGAAAGAAAAUGGGGAUCUGGUGGCUGUCAAGGUGCAAAGACCUUUUGUUCUUGAGACUGUAACAGUUGAUCUGUACAUCAUACGGAACUUGGGUUUGGUUCUCCGCAAGUUUCCUCAGAUCUCUGUAGAUGUGGUUGGACUGGUUGAUGAAUGGGCAGCUCGUUUCUUUGAAGAGCUAGACUAUAUUAAUGAGGGUGAAAAUGGAACGCUCUUUGCUGAAAUGAUGAGGAAGGAUCUUCCACAGGUCGUUGUCCCAAAAACCUAUGAAAAAUAUACUUCAAGGAAGGUUCUUACUACAGGAUGGAUAGAAGGAGAGAAGCUGUCACAAAGUACAGAGAGUGAUGUUGGAGAACUGGUUAAUGUUGGAGUCAUCUGCUAUCUGAAGCAGCUGCUUGAUACUGGAUUUUUUCAUGCUGAUCCUCAUCCAGGGAAUUUGAUCCGCACUCCAGAUGGGAAGCUAGCUAUACUUGAUUUUGGUUUGGUGACAAAAUUAACUGAUGAUCAGAAGUAUGGAAUGAUUGAAGCAAUUGCUCACCUUAUACAUCGUGAUUAUGGAGCCAUAGUCAAAGACUUUGUCAAACUCGGUUUCAUUCCUGAAGGUGUUAAUCUGGAACCUAUUUUGCCUGUUCUGGCAAAGGUUUUUGAUCAGGCACUUGAAGGUGGAGGAGCAAAAAAUAUCAAUUUCCAGGAGCUGGCAGCAGAUUUGGCACAAAUAACAUUUGAUUAUCCAUUUAGGAUACCCCCUUAUUUUGCUCUCAUAAUCCGAGCAAUUGGUGUGCUGGAAGGUAUAGCUUUAGUUGGAAAUCCUGAGUUUGCCAUUGUGGAUGAAGCCUAUCCAUAUAUUGCGCAGAGGCUCCUGACUGAUGAAUCCCCACGUCUAAGGGAAGCUUUGCGUUACACAAUAUAUGGAAAGUCAGGAAUUUUUGAUGCAGAAAGAUUCAUAGAUGUCAUGCAAGCUUUUGAAAACUUCAUAACAGCUGCUAAAAGUGGAGGUGGAGAGAGUAUGAAUGGUGAUAUGGCGGAACUCGGUAUUCUGCAAAGUCGAACAGAAACUAUUGUUCCAGGAUUUCUGCUGGUUCCAUCACAACAGAAUCAGCCCAUCAAAACGAGGGCUGCUUUAGGAUUUCUAUUGUCUGCUAGAGGAAACUUCUUCCGAGAAUUUCUUCUGGAUGAGGUUGUAAAGGGAAUUGAUGCAGUUACAAGGGAACAGCUGGUGCGCAUUGCAGCACUCAUCGGAAUUGGAAAUGCUACUCCUAUCUUCAGUAUGGUUCCCACUUUUGGUCCAUUCAGGCCUGCAGGACUUCUUCCCACAAUAACGGAGGAGGAUAGAGUUAUACUGAACAAUGUCCAAAAAAUCAUCGAGUUCUUGACUGCUGGAAGUUCAAUCUCAAGAAGACCCGACCAGGGAGUAGACGUUGUUCAGGUUGUCCAAGAGCUUCUUCCAGUUUUACCAGGCAUCCCAGCCACAAUACUGCCAGAAGUGCUCAGUCGACUAACUUCUCGGAUUUUGGCUCGCAUUAUUCGAGACACAGUUUUGUAACAACCUUCUAUAACUUGGCUACAGUAAACCUCAAUUGUGCAUAUCUUGAACUGUAUCAUAUAUAUAGGUAAAAUAUGUCUUACCCACACCUUACGUCCAUUUAUUUUUCUAUAUCCUUCAUAAAUGUUAGAUUUUAUACGAUUUUUUUGUAUACAAUGUUUUCAAUGAAAAAAUGUAAAUUGGGUUUUCUUUCAGAA